CGCCCCCCCCACUUCCUCCGGCCUCCCGCUCUCACUUCCUUCUCGAGCCCGGAGCCGCUGCCGCCGCCCCCAGGUCCCCCGCUGCGGGGAGGGCACCAGGUCACUGCAUCCAGAGGGGCCCAGAAGAGGCAGGAGGCACUGCCUCCACUACUAUAGCUUUAUCCACAAUGCAGAGCAUCAAGUGUGUGGUGGUGGGCGAUGGGGCUGUGGGCAAGACGUGCCUGCUCAUCUGCUAUACAACUAAUGCCUUCCCCAAGGAGUACAUCCCCACAGUGUUCGACAAUUACAGUGCCCAGAGUGCAGUUGAUGGGCGCACAGUGAACCUGAACCUGUGGGACACUGCGGGCCAGGAGGAAUACGACCGCCUCCGCACACUCUCCUACCCCCAGACCAACGUCUUUGUCAUCUGUUUCUCCAUUGCCAGUCCACCCUCCUACGAGAACGUGAGGCACAAGUGGCAUCCAGAGGUGUGCCACCACUGCCCUGAUGUGCCCAUCCUCCUGGUGGGCACUAAGAAGGACCUGAGAUCUCAGCCUGAUACCCUACGGCGCCUCAAGGAGCAGGGCCAAGCGCCCAUCACACCUCAGCAAGGCCAGGCACUGGCCAAGCAGAUCCAUGCUGUGCGCUACCUCGAGUGCUCUGCCCUGCAGCAGGAUGGCGUAAAGGAAGUGUUUGCUGAGGCUGUCCGGGCUGUGCUGAACCCCACGCCAAUCAAGCGUGGGCGGUCCUGCAUCCUCUUAUGACCUUGGCCCUCAGCUUGGAGGCUGCCCCUGACCCCCCACCAGUUGUGCCUUGGCGCCUUGUCUGCCCCCAGCUGUGCCUUAAGGACUAAUUCUGGCACCCCUUGCCAGGGGGCUUCCUGAAUACCUUUUUUUCCUUAAGGAGACCCAUGGGAAAUGGACUUUGGGUCCUACCCCACUCUGCUUGAGAACACCAGGUAUUCUCAUGAGCUCACCUGGGCCAAGGUUGACCCUCCCCAAGAGGCCAACCCAGUGUCUCCACCUCUCACAUUUUCUGCUACUGACCAGUCAUCCAGCUUUCCACAAAGUUGUUGCCUAUUGUGGUGCCUCCUCUCAGGUUAGGGGCUGUCAGCCAUCUCUAACCUCUGCCCUUGCUGCUCUUGGAAUUGCCCCCCAAGAUGUCUUCUCCCUCCCCCAAGGAAGGAGCCACAGAAUCCUGAGAAGAUAAAUGUGUCCUAACCUGCCCCCAUGUGCCCAGGCCUUAUGCAUUUGCUGACUGACUCAGCCCCCAUGCUCCUGGGGGCCUUUCCUACCCCCAACAGCAUCAAUAAAACCUCCUGUCUCCAGUG